ACUGAGCAUUAAUAUACAACAUGUCUUGAUAUUUAACACGUAAUCUGUAAAAUGUCUUACGAUGGGUCGACGAGGGACGUACCACAACAGAUUUAUUUGGCUCAUCAUCUGUUUAUUAUUGUUAUUGACUGGAAUUUUAAAACUCAAUCAUAGACCUAAAGAUGAAAAACUGUUCGUACAUGUUAACAAUCAGAGGGUGUGUCCAUUGAAGCUCAGAUUUAGUAACUUAUCAUUAACAGUGACAGCUUUAGCCAGUUUUCCUGGAUCGGGGAAUUCUUGGUUGCGUCACAGAUUGCAACAAGCAACGGGUAUUUACACGGGUUCUGUGGACGAUGAGAAAUUUAUGAUAGACAAUGGAUAUCUAGGAGAAGGAAUUACCGGCGGAUCGGUCCUUGUUGUCAAGACUCACCACAGAUAUGAUGAUCAAAGAGGAAUAGAUGGGCACUACAAGAAAGCUAUUCUUCUUUUAAGAAAUCCAUACGAUGCCAUUUUAUCAUGGUUUCAGCUUGCUCUAACAGAUAACCACACGGCCACUGUUUCUCCACAAAAAUUCUGUUCGGCGUGGCCAAAGAACAUCUCAAAUCUGAUUAGAAUAUGGAUUCGUUUUGUAGAAUCUUGGUUGAAGUUCCCUGGACCAUUACACUUGGUGUUUUACGACGGCCUGAAGACAAAUCCAGUAGAAACUCUUCGUGAUUUAUUGUUGUUUUUAGAUCAACCAACCUCGACAUUAAAAUGUGGGUUAAUAAACGACGAAGGCGUUGCUCACAGAAAACUGCAAGUACCUGUUGAUGGCUUGUACAGCAAAAAUAUUAUUUCAAAACUAAAUAGUCACAUUUACGAUGUUUAUCUGGCCAUAAAGGACCUAAAUGUGAAAAACAAAGCUUUAGUGUUUUCGUGGGUGAAAUACUAUAAAGGUUACGUGACACCGUGGUAUCAAUCGCAUUGUGAAGUUUUAAAUAUCACAUCAAAUGAACGAAGAAAUUCGGCGGAAGACAAAAUAACAUAUAUAAAUGACGUAGUUUUUAAAUAUUAGGGUAGUUUUAUUGGCAGCUUUCACAAAGGCGAAAUUUAACUUUAUAAAAACAAAUGUGAAAACGCCGUUAGAAUGUGGCACACAGCUAAAACGCAUGAUACAUAGGUGGUACAUGUAACUGCAAUUUUAAUGAUGAUGGUAAUGUAACUACGGGAUAAUUAAAUAAAGAAAAUCUUUGUUGGGUAUCGUUCUAAAAAAAA